AGCUCACUCUUGACUUGUCAUUCAUACUUGAAGAAAUCAACUGUCUACACAUCAAUGGCAUCAAUUUACAAGUGGGCUGGGUUUGAAGCGCAGCUGCGCGGACCGAUCGGUGUUGACAUCAAAGUACCGCGAGAGCGAUUAGAGAGCAGAGGCUCGGCCUACGCAUCGCUGUUUCAAGACCAACACACCUUUUUUUCAGUCGUCUACCCACCUGAGACCUGCACGUCGUGACUGGACAAAUCUGAGCAGCUUACCGGACAUUAACACAGCCACCUUCAACAAGUUGUCCCAUUCAGCUGUAUGAUCAAAGGAGGACUACAAAAUGGGAUGAGUAUUACUGUAUGUGGACGGGUUUUGCCAAAUGCGGACAGAUUCAACGUGAACCUCCAACAAGGGUCUGAGACUGUUGCUCUGCAUGUUAACCCUCGCUAUGCGUCCUGGCUUGGCCCUGGGUAUGUUGUGCACAACACCCGUCAAUAUGGGAAGUGGGGCUGGGAGGAGCGCAAGGUCGAAACUCCUUUCCCGAAAGGCCAGACAUUUUCUUUGCAGAUCCUUGUCACUCAGGCGUCUUACAAGAUAAGUGCCAAUGGGAAACCUUUCUCAGAGUACAAGCACCGUAUAGCCUUCUCAGAUGUGGAUCGCAUGUGCGUGGUUGGGAAGGUGGAACUGAGUUUAGUUAGCUUCCACUAUGCUGCGCCCACUCAUGCUGCACUUCCAGGAUCCUUGACAGUCCCGUACAAAACCAUCAUCCAUGGUGGAUUACAGCCUGGAAAAGGCAUCAUCAUCCAAGGAAUCAUCAGCCCACAAGCAAAAAGAGUGGUGUUUAGUCUACGGCACAAAGCUGGAAUUGUGCUUUACUACAGUCCUUGUUUUGAUAAGAAACUGGUUGUGUGUAACAGCUGUAGGAAUGGGAAAUGGGACAUAGAGGAGCACUCUCAACUCAUGCCAUUUGAGCGAGGGCAAGCUUUUCAGGUCACCAUUUGUUGCAGUCCCAGAAAUUUUGAGGUGUUUGUCAAUGGUGAACAAACCCACACUUACAGGCAUCGCUACACUAAUCUGGCAGAGAUUGAUGUUUUGGAAGUUAGUGGAGACGUGCAGCUGAACUUUGUGCAGCCCUGAGAAGGAUGUAUAAGAAAUAUGUUCAACACCUGCAUGAAUGAAAGAGAAUUUGUGCAUUGGUCUGUGUAUUCAUAUGUAAGGAUACUGUACAGAGAGUCGCUAAGAGAUUUAAUUAGUUACUUAAUUAUCUCAUUAACUUUAACUCUUUGAGGACUUAAGACUUGCUUGUGACUUGAAAGGAAUGACUUGGUCCCACCUCUGCUAAUUAGUUAAAUCAGCUGGCUGAGUUCAUGAGUGGAAUGAACAUAUGACAGGACUUUUACUGUCAGACCUCUGGAUUUUACAUCUCUGCUCUGAAAUUAACCCAUAUUAUGUGCAUUAUGCUGUUAUAAGAUUGUGACCUGUAGAGGGAGCUGUACUUUACUACACUGUCAAUAUGAAGACAGAGAGAAAUUUGUUCAAGCAUUAUACUGUUCAUGGCUUCAUCACCACUGUAAAUUAUUUAUCAACAGUUCUUUUGAUUUUUCUGACUUAAUAUAUUAUUUUUCUGACUAUUUAUUUUAAUAAUUUAAGGUUUUGCUCUGCCAAGCUAUGCAGGCAGGAUCU